AUGCAGCUCGCGCACCGACCAGCAGAGCACCACGCCUGGAUCACCUGUCUGACUGUACAGGUACGUAUCCGUGCACCUCACGCGCACCACUAUCCAUCCACAUAUCACUCUCUUGUGUCGGAUGACUGCAGUGUGUUUGGUGUGCUCGUCUGGCAUGGUAUGAGCCUUGGCUGCCAUCACACCGGGUCGUAGCCCUACUCGUUGGUACGGAUCUUCACCGCACUCACUCAUUGGGCCACGACCAUGUUCACUUCUGGCUUGUAUUGCAUCGCAUGGUGUGCUCAGCUUGGGAUGUGUCGUGUGGUUGGUUGGUUUUGACUGGUGCAUGCCAGGGACACUACUCACUACUGAUGGUACGCACCUACACGUGUGAUGCGGACCAUCCAUCACCUCUCUCUAUGUGGAUGGUAUGCUGGUACGUCUGGUUGAUUGGGUUACCACUGCUGGUACGUCACACUCACACACGCCAUCACAUAUGGCUUACUCCAUCCAUCACCUCUCUCUCUCUCGCCAUACGUGUGGAUGGUGGUGCAGGGUGACGGCACAUCUGUGGUGUCGUGUUUGGUUUGUGUCAUCGGGGCAUCUUGUGUAUGGACCGCUGGUACGCUACUCGCCCCACCCCUCACACACAUCGCUGUCCAUCUCACCUAUGGUGUUGUGUGUGGCUGGUGUCAUGUGUGUGGUGUGGUGUGGUGCGGUGCAGUUCUAG